AUGUCUGCUGCUGCUGCCGCCUCCAGAACAUUCCUCCCAGUGUUCUCCAACACAUUCAAGAGGAGAUCCCUAUAUCUCUUCACUGCUUCCGCCACGGCCGCCACCGCUGCCGCCGCCAUCUCCCACCAGAGAUCCAAGCACCACCAAUACCAGAACCCUCGUAACAAUAACAACAACAGGGGUGUUUGGGGUGCCCUUGCUGCUGCCGCUCCCAUAGUCCACUUGGCCUCCGCCCCCGCCGGGAAGACCAAGGAAGACUACCAGAAGGUCUACAACGCCAUUGCUGAAAAGAUCAGAGAAGAGGACGAAUACGAUAACUAUAUUGGAUACGGUCCCGUUCUUGUGCGUCUCUCAUGGCAUGUGUCUGGGACCUUCGACAAGGGAGAUAACUCCGGGGGGUCCUAUGCUGGGACUUACCGUUUCAAGCAAGAAGAGACAGAUCCUUCUAAUAAGGGAACUGAGAACGCUGGAAGAUUCUUGGAUUCUAUCUUUAAGGAAUUCCCAUGGAUGUCUCAUGGUGACAUGUACACUUUGGCCGGUGUCACUGCCGUCCAGGAGAUGCAGGGACCAAAGAUCCCUUGGAGACCAGGUAGAGUCGACUUACCAGAGUCUGCAUACCCGGGUCAAGGUAGAUUACCAGAUGCUGGACAAGGUGCUAAUUAUAUGAGACACUUCUUCGAUAGAUUUGGAUUUAAUGAUAGAGAGGUCGUGGCUCUAUUGGGGGCUCAUGCUUUGGGGAAGACUCAUUUGAAGAAUUCAGGUUAUGAAGGUCCAUGGGGGGCCGCUAAUAACACUUUUACUAAUGAAUUCUUUAUGAAUUUGUUGAACGAAGAUUGGAAAUUGGAGAAGAACGACGCAGGAAACAUGCAAUGGAACUCGUCUAAGGGGUACAUGAUGUUGCCCGCUGAUAUGGCUUUGGUGCAAGAUCCAAAUUAUUUGAAGAUCGUCAAGGAAUAUGCUAAUGAUUUGGAUUUGUUCUUCAAAGAUUACACUAAUGCUUAUGUCAAAUUGUUGGAGAAUGGGAUUACUUUCCCCAAGGACAGUAAACCAUUCAUCUUCAAGACCUUGGAUGAACAAGAUCUCUGA